GAAUGCAUACCAGGGUCAUUGGCUGUUGGGCGGUCUUCUCAUCCUCCUGAAGAGGGCAAGUUUUCUCUGUAGCUGAAUUAAACAAUGAAAGUUGGGGCUCCUCUGACAUUGCUUCUGUUGGUGGUGGCGGGACAGUCUUCUGUCGUCAAAAGUGGAGAUGCCAGAUUGCCGGAGUCCUUUUUGCGCUGCAAGAGGAGUGAUCCAGAUUUGAAUUCGUGCCUGCACACUGCUGUUCAGAAAGCCAUACAGGAGUUGAAGAAUGGUAACCUGGACCUCAAAAUGCCGCCUCUGGACCCACUGGUAGUAACCAACAUCAGUAUUGAAGAUGGCGCAGGAAGACCAGUCACGAUAAACCUGCAACUUAAUGACGUCGAGAUACAUGGCCUUAGCAAUGCUCACCUGAAGGCAGUCAGCGCUGAUCUUGAAAAGAGGUAUCUGGAGUUCCAGGCCGAAGUCCCACUGACAAGAAUCGUUGCAAAUUACGUCAUGCAAGGGAAGUUCUUGGUACUUCCUAUAAGAGGAAAUGGGAAAUGCAACAUGAAUUUCACUGACCAUGACGUGACAGUGAGAAUUAGAUCUGAACCGCUGUCAAUGAACGAGAAUAUCUACUGGGAUAUCAAGGAAUUUGAUCUGAAAUCUGUUAACCUGAAAUUAUUCCAAGUAAAUUUCGAGAACCUUUUCAAUGGGGAGAAAGAACUGGGUGACAACACAAACAAGGUUUUGAACGAGAACUGGAAGGAGUUCUUCGAAGAACUGAGACCAACUCUCCAUGACACUUUCGGCGUUGUUUUCCUGAAACUAGCGAACACACUAUUUCACAAAGUUCCAGAGAAUGAAAUAUUUCUGAAGUGAAUGUCGCACACGCUUACAAUAAAGCUCACAUUAAACGUGCAUACGCAGCUCCUUCACGCAAUCAAUUCGCAAUAUCAGGAAAUUUCCAAGAAUGUACUGGUUACUUAGCACGUUUGUUUUCUUAGUGCAUGAGUUAGCUAUAAUUUAAAAAGACUAAAUUUCGUACGAUUAACCAAAAACCAAUCACAUACAAAAUCAAUAGUAGCCUGUAAAAUAAAACAGUUACUACGUUAUUCAAUGGCUCAACAAAAGAAGAUAUAUAUAGAAUGAUUAACUGAAUCGCAUAAUACAUUACUAUAGAUUUUAAGAAGAAAUGACCAAAAGAUAGACCGUUGAUGGAUACCCCCGAAAACAAAAUAAAACGAGAUGAAGGUAUACCAGAAAUACGUGCAGAAGACAGUCUCUGUGUUAUCUAUGGCUCUACCGUCCUUUGUUGGACUUGGCAGCUUUUCCAGUUAUAUAAUCCUAUACACAGCCAGUAGGGCCCCUUGGACGGGGGAUCGGCCUGUCGCAAGGCCGCUACCUACACGCAGAACA